ACCACCACCACUCUAGCUCGGUCCCUGGCUUCCCCUCCCACUUGCAAAACACCACCCAGGCCGCGUAGAUAUUCCACGCCGAGAAGAGAACCUGGUAGCGCGCGACAGCUCCCGCUCCCGCUCCGGCAGAGAACGGUCCCGUCUUGCCGGCCACGCAGUCAGUACAUGAGGAGGUUCCUGCCGGGAGGAGGAGGAGGAGGAGGAGGAGGAGGAGGGGAGCCCUCUUCUUCGUCGUCGUCGCACGGCGGGGAUCAGCACGCGGCGGCGGGCAGCAACGAUGGCGGGCUGCGGUACGGCGGAGGCGACAUCUCGCUGGGCCGCGGGCACGACCAGCAGCUCCACCACCAGGCCCAGUUUCGCGGCGCCGGGGGCGAGGCGGAGAUGAAAGGCCGGGACGACGGCGGGGCGGAUUUGCUGGCCCGGCACAGCAGCUCGCCCGCGGGCUUCUUCUCCAACCUCAUGGUGGACGACGGCUCAAGAGCCGGAGCAGCAGCUGGAGGCGCAGAAGCCCAUCGCAGCGGCACGAAGAUGAAGUCCCAGCUUGGUUUUACGGCCGGCGGGCCGCACAGCGCCUCCCACCUGUCGCGGAUCUCCGAGGGCGCCGCCUUGUUCCCGGGCGCUGCUGCUGCUGGGCACUCACACUCGGGCGGCAGCGGCGGGGAGCACGGCGCCGUGUCGCGCUCCUUCUCGGCGGGCGGUGGCGGUGGCGCCGGGGGCUUCUCCAUCGUCGGGCCUUGGGACGAGUCGAGGGACAUCAUCGGCACCCUUGAUAUCGGCGGCUACGAGUCUCAGUUUAGCGGCAUGGCGAGCCCGUCGUCGCUGGAGCUGGCGGGCAUGGACAAGUACAUGCAGGCGCAGCAGCAGCAGGACCAGGUUGCGUUCAAGGUGCGGGCCAAGCGCGGCUGCGCGACGCACCCGAGGAGCAUCGCCGAGAGGGAGCGGAGGACAAGGAUCAGCGAGAAGCUCAGGAAGCUACAGGACCUAGUGCCCAACAUGGAUAAGGUAGAGCAAACGAGCACCUCGGACAUGUUGGACCUCGCCGUCGAGCACAUCAAAGGCCUUCAGAGCCAGCUACAGGCUAUGAAGCACGAGCAGGACAAAUGCACCUGCUGCAGCAAGCCUUGACUCACUCACUGAUUACCAACUACCAAUUGCGCCAAGAAUUCAUGAUCAAAAGAUCGAUGACACCCUUAUUUUUUCGGAGAUCGGUCGAUCGAGAAAUGUACAUGGAUGAUACCAUUGAUCGCACCACGUGCAAGCAAAGUUCGUACAUGGCCGGAUAUAUACAUGAAUCGGUGCAUGCCAAAUGCGAGACGUACGUACGCGCGCAUGAAGCUCCACGGUUUCAAAAAAAAUAAAAUCCAGGGGCACUAACUUCGCAGCGCUCUGCGCUGUAUGCAAAAACUGGCAGCGCCGUUCCUGUUCACAGUCUUUUGCCUUCGUCAUUGUGAAUCUUUGAUGACUAGCUAGCUGCUUUUUCGUUUAAAAUUUUGUGACCUCUUUUUCGUUUUUAGUUUAGGCACCUCUUACAUUUCAACUAGAAUA